AUGCAACCCCAUUCCUCUCAGCAAGAGCAGCAGCACCUGCUGCACCAGGUGGAAUUGUGCUACCCUGUACAUCAGCAGCACUUACCGCUACAGCAGCAUCAGUCGUUCCAGCACCAGCACCACCAGGACGAGAUGCAGAACCAGGAGCCAAAGCCGCAGCAUGAGCAAAAUCAGCAGAGGAUCUGCCAGAAACCCGAAGAAGAAGCAGGUGUCUUGGCGCAUGGAACCCCUUUUGCAGAGAUGGGGAGACCCCGCUGGCAGAAUCAGCAGCAGCAGCAGAUGGUGGAAGAGCCUCCCUCAAAGCAACAUCCUCCCCAGCAGCAGCAGGACCCUCCAGAAGACAGAGAAGCCGCUUCGUUGAUGAAACGUGAGAAGCAGCUAGGGAGGGAAACAGCGCAGGAGACGUCGUCCGCACAGCAGUGGCAGUCGCAGCAGAUGGAGCUACUGGCGGUGACGACGCAGCUACAAGGACAGCAGAAGCAGCAAAAGCAGCAAAAGCAGCAACAGCAUCACAGGCGGCAGGAGCUGCAUACUGAUCCACAGGUGUUGCAGCUUGAUCCCAAGCAGCAAGAACCGCAAUAUCACCAACACCUAUCUAAGCGUCAUCAGCCUUACGGGCAACAGCAAGCGCAUGACACAGAAUUUGCAUGCAUGAAGCCUAUCGAUCAGCAGCAGGAGGAGAAAGACUCAUUCACACCGCCGGUUUCUCAUGGUGAAGAGCGACGACGUGCGUCCAGGCCAUCGUUGCAGCAGCCGCAGCAAGUGGAGAAGCAUACGUAUGACGGAAGUGUUGAUGAGAACUACCGGCGCUUACAACGGCACGAAGCGGCGGGUGUGAGUAGUGAGAAAAUACAACACACACCAUCAGAGAAGGGAUACUGGGUUUUUGUGCCUGCACUUAUGAAUAGUGAUGACCUUCAACAGCACAUUCAACAGCAGCUGACGUUGCAGAAACCGCGUGACGAGCAAAAAUGGCAGCUUGAGGCGCAGCAGCAGCAGCAUAUACGGCUGCAGCGCUUUCAGUGUGAAAUGCUUCUCUUGCCGCAGCAGCAGAAACAGCAGUCUUCAGACCAGCCUGAUAACUCACAACUAUCUCCGCAGCAGUUGGAGAAUGACGAGAAGCACCAUCAACAACAGCAGGUGCUGCAGCCUGUUCUGACUGGUGAAGACUGCGACAGCGGGAAGCAACGGCAAAAUGCCGUGCACUCGGAGCAUCAGACGCAGCAACCUCCUUCUAAAGGAAACAAGAGUCUGAAGGGCAGCCUCAAGCUUCUCAUCUCCGCGCGCAGCACCAACAAGAGACUAGGCAUGGUCAUCAUUUACAGGAGCAAGAGGAAGAGACCCCUCAAGUAUCGAGUGUUCAUGAAGCGUGUGACGAGACAUCCAACUCUUCGUGUCAAGUGCGAAGUUCUCAAAGAACAGAACGGAGCCUUAGAGCAGCAGCACCGGGCCUCCUCCGGUACUAAUGAAGCUACUGCUGACCACGUUUCGCGUGAUGUGAACGCUGCAGUCGCAGCAGAGAUAUCGUCUUCGCAAACGUACGGACAGACAGCAACCGCAGCAGCAGCAGCAGCACGGGAGAUAGAAGGCCUAACGCCCGAAGAUACCUCAACAGUACAAAUGCGCCUGCUGCAGGAUGAUGCUCGAGCUUUGAGAGCAGAGCAGCAGAAG